ACGACAGCUCCAGGAGCAGGGCGACAUGGCGCUCCGGCGGCCCACACUCGCACUUCUCCUGUGUCGUGGUCGCGGGCGUCGACCAGGCUGCUGCGGACUGCUUGCUGCGGCGGCGCUGCUGCUGUGGCUGACCACGUGCCCCUCGCCGCCAGACGACGGGCUGGACUGGCUGCGCCAUGACCGCAACGCCAGCACCUACGUGCGGCCGGCAGCCGCCACUGCGCUGCUGGACUCCGCGGCGGCGUGUGGCGGCGGCGUGAGGCUGUUGCUGGCGGUGGCCUCCCGCCCGGGAGGCGGCGAGCAGCGCCAGGCCGUCAGGGACACUUGGGGCCGAGCGCUGCCCGACUCCAGGCUCGUCUUCAUGCUGGGCCACGAUGGCUCCCCGCACCUAUCGCCGGAGCUGACUCGCGAGGCGGCGCAACACGGCGACAUAGUGGUGGAGGACUUCGUGGACAACUACGGCAACCUGACGCUGAAGACGCUGUUCAUGCUGAAGUGGGCGGCAGCGCGCUGCGCCCCGGCGCAACACGUCAUGAAGACGGACGACGACAUGCUGGUGAACGUGCGGCGCGUGCUCGAGGACUCAGAGGCCCGCGGCUCCGCGGAGCAGCCUCUGCUGUUCGGCGCCGCCGGAGACCGCCGGCCCCAGAGGAGUCGCUGCAGCAGGUGGCGCCUGCCCGAGUGGCUGUACCCGGGCGACCGGUUGCCUGCCUUCCUCACUGGUGCCGGGUACGUGAUGUCACGGCCGGCGGUGACGAUGCUGCUACGGCGUAUUGCAGAUGUGCCUCUCAUCAACCUGGAGGAUGUGUAUGUGACGGGGCUGCUCGCGAGACGCACCCCGGCCAUCCCACUCCUGACGGCAGCAUCCAUGCGCAUCGACCGGCCCAUAUUCGCUCACCCGUGUCGACUACGGGCUGGCUACCUGGUGCAUGGCUUCGAGGCUGGUGAUUUGGUGAUUGCAUGGCAGCGCCUACGAGCUCUGGGCCCAAAGGCCUGUGACACUUUGUGGCUUCGAGUCCAGGCCUGGUUUCUACGGAUCGACCUUGGGGACGACCAGGCUACUGCCUGGUACCCGUAA